UGGCGUGUGGCCCUCCGUAGGGCCCAAUUAGGGGGUCGCAUCCUUGCGCACAUGCUGAUGCAGGGAGCGCACGGAGACCGCCCCGUGAUGCUGAUUGGCUUCUCCAUAGGCGCCCGUCUCAUCUUCCACUGCCUUCUGGAGCUCAAUCGGUGCGGCGCCCGCGGCCUCGUGGAGUCCGCGGUGCUGCUGGGCACCCCCGUCUCGGCCAACGAGGCGCGAUGGACACAGGCGCGAGCGGCCGUGGCGGGUCGCUUGGUGAAUGCCUUCUCCACCAAUGAUUGGGUCCUUGGGGUGGUCUUUAGG